AUGACGUCAAACCCCAAAGUUACCGUCGUCCUCGUCGGCGGCGGCACCAUUGCGCCCCUGCACGCCAAGUACCUCCAGUCCUCUCCCAACUGCGAGCUCGUCGCAAUUAUCGACCCCUUCCCGCCCGGUGAGCGACUGGCUAACACGCUGGGCGUGCCGCACUAUGCGUCGGUCGGUGACCUCCUGACGACUUCUGCUACACAACCGGACGCGUACAUUGUCUGCGUCCCAUCCCACCUGCACGUUAGUGUGGCCAGUGACAUCCUCACCAAGGCCACACCCAAGGCAAUGCUGGUCGAGAAGCCACUCGCCACAGACUCUGCCUCUGCUGCCUCCCUUCUGGAAAAAGCACGCCUAGCCAACUGUCGCAUUCUUGUCGGCCACCACCGCCGCUUCCAUCCAGCCAUGACCAGCGCCCGGGAAACCAUUGAGGCGGGCCGGAUUGGGCGGAUCACAGCUGUAUCGGCCCUGUGGACCGCCAAGAAGAGCGACGACUAUUUCCAGGUGGCUGGUGCAGGCUGGCGAUCGCAGCGUUCGGCCGGCGGUGGGCCUGUAUGGACCAACAUGGUGCACAACAUUGACGCGCUGCACUACCUGACGGGAUCACGAGUCGUGCAACUCUGGGCCAUCCCCACGCGGCGCGAGCGUGAAGAUGUCGGCCAGACGGUAGAAGAGGGCGCGGCCGUUAUGGCACGGUUUUCUGAUGGCACUGUGGUUACCUUUGUCAUCUGCGACAACACGCCGAGCCCCUUCGGCUGGGAGUCGGCCUCGGGGGACAACCCCAGUUACUUGCCCACGUCUGUACAGGUGGACACGUACCGAAUAAUGGGCACGCGCGGCUCGCUCAGCGUCCCUGACAACGUUCUGUGGAACUACGACGCUGCUAUUGCCGCCGGGAAACCCGCCAAUAAUAUUGGCUGGAACUUGCCCAUGACGCGCGAACCACUAGAGGUCCCCGAGGGCAUUCCCUUUCAGCGGCAGGCCGAGCACCUCGCCCGGGUUGUCCGCGGUCUUGAAGCCCCAAGAUGUUCUGGCGAGGACGGUCUCGUCGCCGUGCAGGUUUGCGAGGCUAUUUUGCUGGCCCUCGAGGCUGGCAACGGUGUGCCGGUGUCUCUACCAGCGUAA